AUGCUUCUUAAACCCAUUCCGAAUAACACGCUAGACGUGCAGAUAAUGACGUCAGAAUACGGAUCAAUGAAGUCCCCGUACAUGUGCAUGAAGUUGAUGCCUCCGCAGGGUGCUCUCGGUUCAUCGGACAACUUUAUUAUUAUUGGUCCAGUGAGUCCAAAUCGGGAUGACCACCUGAAUCUGUGCCGAUAUUUAUCAACGUACAAGAAGAUGUCGUCACUCGGUCGGAGCUAUCGAGUUGUGUGA